GCGCAUGCGCGCGGGGGCGCUGCCAGGCCGGGGCGCCCGUCCGCCGAGGGCUGCUGGCGGGGGUACGCGGUUCGGAGCGGCCGGGGGCUGCGCUGCUGCGGGCGGGAGACAAGGAAGAAGUGGCUGGUUCCACUAUGUGUGCGUCAGCCAAAUAUAACACUCGGGGUCCAGCCCUCAUUCCAAGAAUGAAGACUAAGCACCGCAUCUACUACAUCACUCUGUUUUCCAUUGUCCUGCUUGGCCUCAUUGCCACAGGCAUGUUCCAGUUCUGGCCACACUCCAUUGAGUCAUCCAGUGACUGGACAGUGGAGAAGCGUAGUGUCCACGAUGUGCCUGUGGUAAAGCUUCUGACUGAUAGUCCCAUUCCAGAGCGGGGGGACCUCAGCUGCAGGAUGCACACCUGCUUUGAUGUCUAUCGUUGUGGCUUCAAUCCCAAAAACAAGAUUAAGGUUUAUAUAUACUCACUGAAGAAGUAUGUAGAUGAGUAUGGGACACCAGUCAGCAACACCAUCUCUCGGGAGUACAAUGAGCUGCUGACAGCCAUCUCUGACAGUGAGUUCUACACGGAUGAUGUCAACAGGGCUUGCCUCUUUGUGCCGUCCAUAGAUGUGUUGAACCAGAACACACUCCGAAUCAAGGAAACAGCGCAGGCUUUGGCACAGUUAUCCAGAUGGGAUCGAGGCAUAAACCACUUGUUGUUCAACAUGCUGCCUGGAGGCCCACCGGAUUACAACACAGCAUUGGAUGUUCCCAGAGAUAGGGCUCUGUUGGCUGGAGGAGGCUUCUCCACAUGGACCUAUCGACAAGGCUAUGAUGUCAGCAUUCCUGUUUAUAGCCCAUUGUCUGCAGAGGUCGAAUUGCCAGAAAGAGUACCCGGUCCACGCAGGUACUUCAUCCUUUCAUCGCAAAUGGCUUUGCAUCCAGAGUAUCGCUUUGACUUGGAGGCUCUUCAUGCUGAGAAUGGGGAAUCUGUGCUGAUUCUGGACAAAUGCACAAAUCUUUCAGAGGGAGUCCCAUCUGUUCGUAAACGUUGUAACAGGAACCAGGUCUUUGAUUACCCUCAGGUGCUUCAGGAAGCUACAUUUUGUGUCGUGCUGCGUGGUGCGCGCCUGGGGCAGGCUGUGUUAAGUGAUGUGCUUCAGGCUGGCUGUGUCCCUGUCAUCAUUGCUGACUCCUAUAUUUUACCUUUCUCUGAAGUUUUGGACUGGAAGAGAGCCUCUGUUAUAAUACCAGAAGAAAAGAUGCAUGAAGUGUACAGCAUUCUGCAAAGCAUUCCCCAACGACAGAUUGAAGAGAUGCAGAGACAGGCAAGAUGGUUCUGGGAAGCUUAUUUUCGGUCAGUGAAAGCAAUUGCUUUGGCAACCCUUCAGAUUAUCAACGACAGGAUCUACCCAUAUGCUGCCAUAUCUUAUGAAGAAUGGAACGAUCCCCCAGCUAUUAAAUGGAGCAGUGUGAGCAACCCACUCUUCCUUCCAUUGAUCCCACCACAGUCUCAAGGCUUCACAGCUAUAGUGUUGACUUACGACCGGGUGGAGAGUCUCUUCCGAGUCAUCACUGAAGUGUCCAAGGUGCCCAGUCUAUCCAAGUUGCUGGUUGUCUGGAACAACCAGAAUAAGAAUCCACCGGAAGAUUCUCUGUGGCCGAAGAUUCGGGUUCCCCUGAAGGUGGUUAGGACUGCAGAAAACAAGCUUAGUAAUCGCUUUUUCCCGUAUGAUGAGAUUGAAACAGAGGCAGUAUUAGCCAUUGAUGAUGACAUCAUCAUGUUGACCUCAGAUGAACUGCAGUUUGGUUAUGAGGUUUGGCGGGAGUUCCCUGAUAGGCUGGUUGGAUAUCCUGGUCGCCUACAUCUCUGGGACCAUGAGAUGAACAAGUGGAAGUAUGAGUCGGAAUGGACCAAUGAAGUCUCUAUGGUGCUCACAGGGGCAGCUUUUUAUCACAAGUAUUUUAACUACCUUUACACCUACAAAAUGCCUGGAGACAUCAAGAACUGGGUGGAUGCUCACAUGAACUGUGAAGACAUUGCUAUGAAUUUUCUAGUGGCAAAUGUUACAGGCAAAUCGGUUAUUAAGGUGACCCCACGAAAGAAAUUCAAAUGUCCAGAGUGCACGGCCAUAGAUGGGUUAUCGUUGGACCAAACGCACAUGGUAGAAAGAUCUGAAUGCAUCAAUAAGUUUGCCUCUGUCUUUGGGACCAUGCCUCUGAAAGUGGUAGAGCACCGUGCAGAUCCUGUCCUCUACAAAGAUGACUUCCCUGAGAAACUGAAGAGCUUCCCUAAUAUUGGCAGCUUGUAAAAGGUGGUUACGAGACUAAAAAAAUGCAAAAACAGUGACUGGUGCUAAGACAAGCACAAGGCUCUGAAGGAAAAUGCAGAGAGGGGACUUUAGUGUGAGCAAAGGAAGAUUGAUACCAGGCUUCUGGUAUACCUGUCCUUCCUGCACAAUGUAUAAGACUGUAACGCAGAGCCAUGGAGUUCUUUUCUUGUUGUACAUUUACACAGGAUUGACUCUAUUUAUGGUUCCACUGAAAAUGCCAGUAAAAUGCCAGGACAAUCCCCUCCCCCCAUGUGAAGGCUUCACAUCUGGAAGAAUAAAACAGCAUCUUACUUUGUAGGGGCUAACUGGCAUGAUUCACCACUUUUAAACAGUCUAGCCCUUCUUUAUUUUAGUGUAUCUACCAAAUAUGAGAGCAAACUGUUUUUAAUACUGGCUGCAAUAUCCAGCCUGUUUUUUUCCAUGAGGCUGACAUGCCUGCAUUUGUUGAGAUGAGUUGUUGGUUUUAAGUAAUUGUGCAACAAGCCUUUCUGACUUUUUAGGCUUAGGAAGAUAAAUGUUUAUUUUUUAUUUAAAAAAUCACAAGCUUUUGUCACAGUGCUUAGGGGGCUAAACAUUUUGUAUUAAGUGAUUGCAAUGAGAGUUGAUGCUGAUGGCAGCCAAGACAUUAUCCUUAACUUAAAGAUUUGUGGAAUAUACUUUUUGUCACUACACUUCUUUCCUAUAUAUGAAUCUCAGGUUUUCUGCUGUUCCUGUAGAAGAUAAUUUUACCUAGUAUAAAAUGCAGUCUUUUUUUUUUAAAGGAAAAACGCAUCUUAAAGCUUUUGCUUUCUCUUACCAAGACAAAUCAGUUGUUGGUUCAUACUCAUACAGCACAUCCACAUAUGGAACAGCCACUAAAAUGUGAUUCUUGUGUGUAUGUAUUUCUAAGAGCCAGUUAAAAUAGACUCUUGAUUGGGAUGCUUUAGUCAAGGGUGAUCCUGUCUUGAGCAGGGGGUUGAACUAGAUGACCUCUUGAGGUCCCUUCUAACCCCUUACACAAAUGUUUUAUGUAUUAUGUGCAACAUACUAAUAACAUGUAGGUAGAAAUCACUCUCAUAAACUACCAUCAUGUGAAAAACUGGUGGGUAGCCUGUGAUCAAACCUACUGCCACAGGAUGCUAAGAAGGCCAGAAGUCUUAGUAUUAUUUAAACAAGGAGGAGACUACACAUUUUUAUGAACUGUAGAAUCAUUUUUAUGAACUGUAGAAUCAUUUCUGCAAGCUGAAGUUAAUUUAAAUAGGACUGUUAGCUGCAGCUAUGCUACAGAAGGCCCAUCAGUCUUCAUGCGUUGGUAUAUAAGCUGAUGCCAAGCUAGGCCCAGAAGGGAGUUUUCCGUGCUCCAGUGAUAGAAUGUCCCCUGGUUUGGUGCAUUAUGGGUGGUUUGCACUUUCCUCUGACACUUUUUGGAUUGCUGUUCUUGGGGCCAUCAUACUGAAUGGGCUAUCUUUUUGUUACAGUAAGGCCAUUCUUCGGAUUCUGCCAAACCCCAAACAGUGGGACAAGUGUUAGAAAGCAUAGUUCAUCCAUCUGCCUUGAGAGUGACAGGCAGCAAUGGCAAAAACCAAAUGGAAGUCAGGCCAGAAACAGGAAACAUCUGCUCCUGUUUGUGUCACCCCACUAAGACUUUCCUUAUUAUCCAGCACAGUGGAUAUGCUGUGAAUGAAAAUCAUGUGGGAACAGUAGCUCUGAAGGGAUGUCUCAGCUCCUGUGGGAAGUGUUUUUCACAUGGAUUCCCCCAUUCUUUGGGAAUGUUUAAUUACCAGUAAAUUCUAGAGCUUGUUUUUAACUUUGCAGUCUUUGCUAUGUUCCUGAUAUGCUGCGGGAGAUGACAUUGGGGUGCAGGUGUAGCUUUUUCAGGGACAGGAAGGACUUUCUGAAUAGAGAGGGUAUCAAAAGAUAAGGUACGCUCUUCACCGUUGAGCAGUUCUUGCUAGCAGCCUCACCUGCUCACACACAAACACUUACUUCUAGAAUCUGUUGGUUUAUGUCAGAAUAAUGUCUUUGUGCUUGAAUAUCAGAAACUCCAGUUCACUUACCACUGAGCAGUCUGUUUUAAAAGGGAAGUUAUGGAAGCGAUAAUUAUGCUCAUGAAUAGGAGCUGACCUCAGGAUGACAGAGUUUUGAAGCUGCUGUGGUCUGUUCGUUCUUUCCCAAGUUCAUAGACAAAGCCUACAUGUAGGUUUGGCACAGACAGUUAAAGGACAAGGAGGAUUUCUGAUUGGUGGUGGGAAUAUGGUGGCCUAGAAAUAAAAGGAGAAGGUGACUUACCCAUGUAAGCUGAUGUUAUAGUGCUGAAUCUCAAAGUGGGCAGCAGUCAGAAGAUGGUGGGCACUAACAGACUAGUGUUCCUUCCUUGAUGUGCUCAAGAGCCAGUGACUCUAAAACUGUCACGUUUUGUCCUGCAGUGUUUUACAGCUGUGUUUUAUACCCCAGUCUCUUCUUUGUAAUGAUACUGUGUCUCUGUUUUAUAACAUGACAAAUGACCUCACUGUAAAGUUGGGCAGCUGACAGUUCUGUAGCCUGGGCUAAUUCCCCAUUCCAUUUAUAAUUGUUGUGUUUUAAAGAUGAUGCAAAACUUUAAAAAGUGCAAAGUGUUUUUAUGUUUAAAUUGGGAUGAUUUCAUCAUCAGUCAUUGUCAGCUAAUCAGCUUGUUUAUUUUAUCAGAGUCGUCCAAUACUGAUAAUAUAUAUUAAAAGAAAACUUAUCUCUAAA